AUGCCGGCGGUGAAAAAGGAUGGGGGCCUCCAGAAGACCAUAGAGCACUACACAUUUGCAGAUUUGCUUGACACUGCUACUAUCACAGUUGACGCCGACAAGGACCUCUACCAAGGUGCUUCAGAGCAUGUCAAGGAAGAGCAAAUAGAGGUCUUGAGCAAGGACAAAGAGCUCGUGGUGAUUUUGCAUGGUGUUCCCACCAUGAAAGCUGCCAGCACCUCUGCAGAUUGGACCCUGCGGCUGGCUCCGCUUUGCCACACUGUUGAGUCUGAACCUCAGAGUUCGGCAACACGCUGAGCGAUCGCAGGAAGAAACAUUCCGAGCUACAGAAAGACACAUGGAGAGAACAACAUCAGCAAUACUAAGGUUGUUCGAAAAGAUAGGGCAAUUGGAUAGGGGAUCAUCGAAUAAACUACAACUGCAACUGCUUUAAUGAGCCAUUUGCAAUUUCGCUUUGAGAAUGCAUGGCUUAAUCUUAUUGAAUCUUUGAGACAAACAGUAUAU